AUGGAGCACACCACCUUCGUCAGCCAUUUACCGAAACAGCUUCAACAGUACGAGGCGGAACAGGUGAACAAUCCAUUAGUCCGAGACCAGUCUCGUUUGAUCAUCCGUAAGGACGAUCCUGCCAACCGGCAAUGGCUCAGUCUGCCUGAAUUUGAUGGUGGGGACGCGGAUGGCCAUUCUACCGCGAGCUAUUUCGAGAGGGAGGUGGCAGCGCGCAAAGCACGGUUGAUUCGGGCCGAGCGCGCGGUUUUCCGGCGGAGGGUGCGCCGUGAGGAAGUGGCGGAGGGAGGGACGGAGGGUACACCUGAAGAGGGGAUGAGCGUGGAGGAGAAGAUUCAGUUGGCGAUGGCACAGGGGGAUUUCGACGAUUUGAAGGGAAAGGGCAAGCCCCUGGAGCGAUUGGAAGGGUAUCUCUACGCCACAGAUAAGACAUCCGCCACCUACAUGGACGUGUUAUCCAAGUCCGGCGUGAAGCCAGUGUGGGUGGAGAGGUCAAGCAGGAUCCGAGAUGCGGAACGACGGCUUGUGCACAGGCUAGAGGCGGAAUGGGCCAAGGUGGUGCUUGAAACGUGGGAGCAUGGGGAGGGAGCAGAGAAAAGAGGGAAGGAAGGAGCGAUGGCACGAUGGAAAUCGCGGGUGGUCGGCUUGGCGGGUUUGAGAGAAGACGUGGCCUGGAUCAAUGCCGAGAUCGAUUUGUAUAAUUUGCAAGUCCCUUCCAUGUCUCUGCAGCGAAUGAGGAUGACGUUGGAGGAAGUGUGCGAUGUGGUGCAGGGGGGAGAAAAGGAGGGAGGAACGUGGAUGGAGAGAGGUACAGCACGAGCCGUGGUCAGGGCCGCAGAGAAAGAAGGCGUGUUCAGUACGGUCACGGCGCUGGGAUCGCUGCGACUGGACGCGGAGGAGAUGAAAAAAGGAAGAGGACAACGAAGGAGAAGGGAAGAGGAAGAUGUCAUCAAAACCGUUAUUCAGGCCUCUAAAACAAAGGAACAAAAGCAGUCAAGGCAAGCUACGACAACUGCUGCCACGGAAGAUGAACAAACUUCCAGUGCAGAGGGAGAAAGAAACGUAGCUGCCGCCGCUGCCGCUGUGGCCGCAAGUGCAGCCGACCCUCUCUCUGGGGAAACUGCUCCGGAAGAAGGUGAUGAGGGCUCAGAUGAAGAUAGCUCGGCGCUGACGACACAGGACGUGGCUAAGGAAAUCUAUCGCCGCGCGGGUCUGGGAGGAUUUUUCGGCGGGGUCCAAUAUUCCUCUCUGCAAAGCUCUUUGGAGAAGUCGAUUUAUUUCUACGCCUACAGCACAAUGAAAGGCGUCGUCAAGGUCCUGAACGGAGGGAGGUGA